AUGAGUACCCCAGCUUCUGGUGCCGGUACCGAGGAUGCCGCUGAUCGCAAUGUUGAGAUGUGGAAGAUCAAGAAGCUUAUCAAAAGCUUGGAACUUGCAAGGGGUAAUGGAACAUCUAUGAUCUCUCUGAUUAUUCCUCCUCGUGAUCAGAUUGCCCGAGUACAGAAAAUGCUUGCUGAUGAAUAUGGAACAGCUUCUAACAUCAAAUCUCGUGUCAACAGAUUGUCAGUUCUGGGAGCCAUUACAUCAGUACAGGGACGUUUAAAGUUAUACAAUAAAGUUCCUCCAAAUGGUCUUGUUAUUUAUUGUGGUACCAUCGUAACUGAGGAAGGAAAAGAAAAGAAAGUUAACAUUGAUUUUGAGCCUUUCAAACCUAUCAACACUUCAUUAUAUCUCUGUGAUAAUAAAUUCCACACUGAAGCUUUACAAGGAUUAUUGGCUGAUGAUAACAAGUUUGGUUUCAUCAUUAUGGAUGGUAACGGAUGCUUGUUCGGUACUUUACAAGGAAACACUAGGGAAGUUCUUCACAAAUUCACUGUCGAUUUGCCUAAGAAGCACGGUAGAGGAGGUCAGUCUGCUCUUCGUUUCGCCCGUCUUAGAAUGGAAAAAAGACACAACUAUGUGAGAAAAGUAGCUGAAUGUGCAGUUGAAAUGUUCAUCAAGAACGAUAAGGUUACUGUCGCUGGUUUGAUUCUGGCUGGUAGUGCGGAUUUCAAGACAGAGUUGGGACAAUCUGAUAUGUUCGAUCAAAGGUUGCAAGCCAAAAUGAUCAAAACUGUAGAUAUCUCAUACGGAGGAGAAAACGGAUUCAACCAGGCUAUUGAAUUAUCCGCAGACGCUUUGGCUAACGUUAAGUUCAUCCAAGAGAAGAAACUUAUUGGAGGUUAUUUCGAUGAAAUUAGUCAGGAUACCGGUAAAUAUGUGUUCGGUGUUCGAGAUACUCUUCAAGGCCUUGAAAUGGGAGCAGUUGAAACUCUCAUCUGUUGGGAAAAUUUGGAUAUCGUACGUUAUAAGCUUGUGAACGCUAAUGGAGAAGAGAAAGUAGUCAACCUUAGAUUGGAUGAAGAGAAAGACAAAUCCCACUUCACUGACAAGGAAACUGGACAAGAUUUGGAAAUUAUUGAAACUAUGCCCUUAUUAGAAUGGUUCGCCAACAACUACAAGACCUUCGGAGCUACUCUUGAAAUCGUCACUGACAAAUCUCAGGAGGGAGCCCAAUUUGUCCGAGGUUUCGGAGGAAUCGGAGGUCUGCUCCGUUAUAGAGUAGACAUAGCAGCUAUUGAUCUGGCUGACGAGCUCGAUGACAUCGACCUCGAUGACUAUUGA